AAGAAGCGCCCACCGGGACAGCCGACCCUCGGCUGCCUCCAGCGCCCCCCAUCUUUUGCACCCCAAGCCGGGGACUCCGGGGACCCCCCUCUCCCAGGCGCCACCAUGCUGGACCCUUCGUCCAGCGAAGAGGAAUCGGAUGAGAUCCUGGAAGAGGAGAGCGGCAAGGAGGUGCUGGGCUCGGCCGCGUCCGGAGCGCGCCUGUCUCCAAGCCGCACCAGCGAGGGCUCGGCGGGCAGCGCCGAUGGGGGCAGUGGCGCCGGGGCCGGGGGGGCGCCGGCGGCGGUGGGGGGUAGCGGCGCGAGCAGCGGCGGCGGGGCCGGGGUGCAGCCCAGCAGCCGCGCCGGCGGCGGCCGGCCCUCCAGCCCCAGCCCGUCGGUGGUGAGCGAGAAGGAGAAGGAAGAGUUAGAGCGGCUACAGAAGGAAGAGGAGGAGAGGAAGAAGAGGCUGCAGCUGUACGUGUUCGUGAUGCGCUGCAUUGCCUACCCCUUCAACGCCAAGCAGCCCACCGACAUGGCUCGGCGGCAGCAGAAGAUCAGCAAACAGCAGCUGCAGACUGUCAAGGACCGAUUCCAGGCUUUCCUCAAUGGGGAGACCCAAAUCGUGGCAGAUGAAGCCUUUAUGAAUGCUGUCCAGAGCUACUAUGAGGUGUUUCUCAAGAGUGACCGUGUGGCCCGCAUGGUACAGAGUGGGGGCUGCUCAGCCAAUGACUCUCGGGAGGUCUUCAAGAAACACAUCGAGAAGAGGGUACGCAGCCUACCUGAGAUUGAUGGCCUCAGCAAGGAGACUGUGCUAAGCUCCUGGAUGGCUAAGUUUGACGCCAUCUACCGUGGUGAGGAGGACCCCAGGAAGCAGCAAGCCCGGAUGACAGCCAGUGCAGCUUCUGAGUUGAUUCUGAGCAAGGAACAGCUCUAUGAGAUGUUCCAGAACAUUCUUGGGAUCAAGAAAUUUGAACAUCAACUCCUAUAUAAUGCCUGUCAGCUGGACAAUCCAGAUGAGCAGGCAGCCCAGAUCAGACGAGAGCUGGACGGACGUCUCCAAAUGGCAGACCAAAUAGCCAGGGAACGCAAAUUUCCUAAGUUCGUAUCCAAAGAAAUGGAAAAUAUGUACAUCGAGGAGCUGAAGUCCUCUGUUAACCUACUCAUGGCCAACUUGGAGAGCAUGCCGGUGUCCAAGGGUGGAGAGUUCAAGCUGCAGAAACUGAAGCGCAGUCACAACGCAUCCAUCAUUGACAUGGGUGAGGAGAGCGAGAACCAGCUGUCCAAGUCGGAUGUCCUGCUGUCCUUCUCCUUGGAGGUUGUCAUCAUGGAAGUCCAAGGCCUUAAGUCCUUGGCUCCAAACCGAAUCGUGUACUGCACAAUGGAGGUGGAGGGUGGAGAGAAACUUCAGACUGAUCAAGCAGAGGCUUCUAAACCAACCUGGGGCACUCAAGGCGACUUCUCUACAACCCACGCGCUGCCGGCUGUUAAAGUAAAGCUAUUCACAGAGAGCACUGGUGUCCUGGCCUUGGAAGACAAGGAACUCGGGCGGGUUAUCCUCCAUCCCACCCCAAACAGCCCCAAACAAUCCGAGUGGCACAAAAUGACAGUCUCCAAAAACUGCCCCGAUCAAGACCUCAAAAUCAAACUCGCUGUCCGAAUGGAUAAGCCUCAAAACAUGAAGCACUCUGGGUACUUAUGGACCAUUGGUAAGAAUGUGUGGAAGAGGUGGAAGAAAAGGUUCUUUGUGUUGGUGCAGGUCAGCCAGUACACGUUUGCCAUGUGCAGCUAUCGAGAAAAGAAGGCAGAACCUCAGGAACUCCUACAGCUGGAUGGCUACACCGUGGAUUACACCGACCCUCAGCCAGGUUUGGAGGGUGGCCGAGCCUUCUUCAAUGCAGUCAAAGAAGGAGACACGGUGAUAUUUGCCAGUGACGAUGAGCAAGAUCGAAUCCUGUGGGUCCAAGCUAUGUACAGGGCCACCGGGCAGUCGCACAAACCUGUGCCCCCUACCCAGGUGCAGAAGCUCAACGCCAAGGGCGGAAACGUGCCUCAGCUGGAUGCCCCCAUCUCGCAGUUUUCUGGACCGAAGGACGCAGAUAGAGCUCAAAAGCAUGGCAUGGAUGAAUUUAUCUCUUCCAACCCCUGUAACUUUGACCACGCUUCCCUCUUUGAGAUGGUACAGCGGCUGACUUUGGAUCACAGACUAAAUGAUUCCUAUUCUUGCCUGGGCUGGUUCAGUCCAGGUGUUUGUGUUAGGCGAGUACUGCGGCACGGAAUGGAGUCCCGAGGAUGUCAUCGCAUCUCUGUUUACCUUAGAGACUUGCUGGAGCGGGCAGAGAAAAUGGCGCCAUGAUGGGCCCACACUUCUUCAUUACAGCUUGCCUUCUGUGCAUCCCAUGUCCACGGGAACAGGCCUGAUGGAAUCGGAACUGUGACGGUUGAAGAAAAAGAGCGCUUUGAAGAAAUGAAAGAGAGACUCCGAGCUCUGCUGGAAAAUCAAAUUACACAUUUCAGGUACUGCUUUCCGUUUGGUCGACCUGAAGGUGCUUUGAAAGCGACUCUCUCACUUUUGGAACGGGUUUUGAUGAAAGAUAUUGUCACUCCGGUACCCCAAGAGGAGGUCAAAACUGUCAUCCGUAAAUGCCUAGAGCAGGCUGCUCUAGUCAACUACUCUCGCCUAUCUGAGUAUGCCAAAAUCGAAGAGAAUCAAAAGGAUGCAGAAAAUGUAGGCCGUUUAAUCACUCCCGCCAAAAAGCUCGAAGACACAAUCCGUCUUGCUGAACUAGUCAUUGAAGUGCUGCAACAAAACGAGGAGCACCACGCCGAGCCACAUGUUGAUAAAGGAGAAGCCUUUGCGUGGUGGUCAGACUUAAUGGUGGAGCACGCGGAGACGUUCCUGUCACUCUUUGCAGUGGACAUGGAUGCAGCAUUAGAGGUGCAACCCCCAGACACGUGGGACAGUUUCCCACUCUUCCAGCUGCUGAAUGACUUUCUCCGUACAGACUAUAACUUGUGCAAUGGAAAGUUUCACAAACACCUGCAGGAUCUGUUCGCCCCACUCGUUGUUAGAUACGUGGAUCUGAUGGAGUCCUCAAUUGCACAAUCUAUCCACAGGGGCUUUGAGCGGGAGUCAUGGGAACCAGUCAAGAGUUUAACCAGUAACCUACCCAAUGUGAACCUACCCAAUGUGAACCUACCCAAAGUACCAAAUCUACCAGUUAACAUCCCUCUAGGCAUCCCACAAAUGCCUACUUUUUCGGCACCGUCAUGGAUGGCUGCUAUAUAUGAUGCUGAUAACGGAUCAGGUACAUCAGAAGAUUUGUUCUGGAAACUUGAUGCCCUUCAGACUUUCAUCCGUGACCUACACUGGCCUGAGGAAGAGUUUGGAAAGCACUUAGAGCAGCGGCUAAAACUAAUGGCAAGCGACAUGAUUGAGUCCUGCGUCAAGAGAACCAGGAUUGCAUUUGAAGUUAAGCUGCAAAAAACCAGUCGAUCAACAGAUUUUCGAGUCCCACAGUCAAUAUGCACCAUGUUUAAUGUUAUGGUUGAUGCCAAAGCUCAAUCAACAAAACUUUGCAGCAUGGAAAUGGGCCAGGAGCAUCAAUACCAUUCAAAAAUAGACGAACUAAUUGAAGAAACCGUUAAGGAAAUGAUCACACUCUUGGUGGCAAAGUUUGUAACUAUAUUGGAAGGCGUACUGGCGAAGUUAUCCAGAUACGACGAGGGGACUUUGUUUUCUUCGUUUCUGUCAUUUACGGUGAAGGCGGCAUCUAAGUAUGUGGACGUACCUAAACCCGGGAUGGAUGUGGCCGACGCCUACGUGACUUUCGUCCGCCACUCUCAGGAUGUCCUUCGUGAUAAGGUCAAUGAGGAGAUGUAUAUAGAAAGGUUAUUUGAUCAAUGGUACAACAGCUCCAUGAACGUCAUCUGCACCUGGCUGACCGACCGGAUGGACCUCCAGCUUCACAUUUAUCAGCUGAAAACACUAAUUAGGAUGGUAAAGAAAACCUACAGAGAUUUCCGAUUGCAAGGGGUCCUGGAUUCCACCUUAAACAGCAAGACCUAUGAGACCAUUCGAAACCGGCUCACUGUAGAGGAAGCUACCGCGUCCGUGAGUGAGGGAGGGGGCUUGCAAGGCAUCAGCAUGAAGGACAGUGACGAGGAAGAUGAAGAAGACGACUAGAUCAUUCUCUGGGUCCAAGAGUCCACUGGGAUGGAGUCCUGUAAUCAAUGCAUGUCUUUAGUCUGUUAGUUAACCCCAUUAGGGAAUUUUCUGUCAACCACCAUGCCCAUGAGAUGUUUACCAAUACAGACACCAUUUUAGCUGCGUGGUACCAAGAUUAGCACAUGGUUUCCUGGUUUCUGUGUCUCUAUGUUUACAAGCAAUAUGGAAUACCAUUCUUAAACACUGUUCAUGGAGAGAAUACAUAGUUCAGCUGCUAGGUGUGUCCCUUUUGUUAGCAGAACAAAACGAUGCUUCACCCUGUGCUCCGUAUGUACUGAUAGGAAGCAGACGUGGGAGCCAGUGUGUUUCCAAGUCUCUGUUUCACAUAUGUGGGUAUCAGGUAUUUAAAUUAGUACAUAAAUAAAUUAAUUUAAGCACAUAGAUCUGCUUGGUUUUGGUCUCCGUUUUGUUCUCAUCCCCCGAAACUGAAAGCAAUGGGCGUUUGUGUCCUGGCAAACACAGCUUUGCAUUUAUCCUUGUAGUUUCCCCCCACCACCAGAAAAGUUAAUUAUUGAUUAACUUGGAUUAAUAAUAAAGUGGAUUAAUUAUUUUAAUUGUCAUGGCAAGGGGGCCAUGUGAUCAGGAUGUAGCAUCAAGCAAGGUUCAGACCAACUGUCUUCUGUGGAAGUUUAUCCUAGUACCUGUCACGUUUUCUGUUUCAAUAACUGUAUAUGUAAAAAAAAAAAAAAAGUAUCGAAAUGACAACCCUAGACUAUAAAUGUAUUUAUAAUAAGAUAUGGAUAUCUCCUCCAGUAGACUGUAACCAUGAUUUCAAUUAUUUUGUUCCACACUGUUUUUAUAUCUGUCACGUACAUUGCACUCUGAUCUGUAACUGAGCGACCCUGGGGUCCUCUGUAGAGCUGUUUCUUUCUGUGGAAAGUAGUGGAUCCAUCUUGCUUUUUGCCUUAUAUAAAAGCCUACAGUUGUAAAAGUGUGGGGAACUGUGGCUUCUCAAUAAACAAUUAUUCAAACGUC